AUGGCUUCCCAAAGAAACUCGUCCAAAUCCCCCGUCGGCGCCGUCAUGGCCAGCCAGGCCCACGGCCGCUCCCCUUCCGAACUCUCCAUGGCCUCGGAUCGCAAGCACGAAGACAACCUGAUAGCCCAGCUCUACUCGCAAACCGAAGGAAAGGACCUCCCGCUGCGCACCAUGUACAUCCUCAACUGCGCCUCGCGAGGCCAGCACUCGCUCCCCCCCAACGCCAAGGGCAUCGAGGGCGUCCCUGAAUUCACCAGCAUCCUGCAGACCGAAAUGUCGCAGCUGCCCCUCCAGAGGACCUCGCUGCCCUAUGUCUUCGUGCGCAAGUUUGUGAAGGAGACCUACUGCCAGGAAGAGCUCGGUCGUGUCAACUUCUCGCAGGCCCUCACCGCCCUCGACUACCUGAAGGACAUUGAGAUGCGUAGGCAAAAGAUGGUCCAGGACAUGUGGCAGAGGGUGGACAUCGAGACCUGGGAGUCGAUUGAAGAGAAGGUAUCCCGGGACGAGGCCAUCAUCAGACUGUUCAACAUUCUCAACCGCAAGGAGAAGUACCUUGGCGAGUUGUACGCCUGGCUCUACGUGCAUCUCCGCCAGUGGAUUCUCGUUCACGAGAUCAAGAACCAACCGUUCGACAAGCACAACUGCAUGGCUAUGCUGAACACACUCUGGCCCCCUAUUCCCUCAUCCGUCCCCGAUGGCAUCUCGAAUGAGAUUGUCCAGUCUCAGCGGAAAGACUUCUUCAAGACCAUCAACUCGAUUCCUGGCAGGGGCAUGGCCGACAUCGACCGCCUCAUCAUGGAGCAGGCCAAGGAGGGCCAAGCCAAUGGCUGGUCCUGCACCGCACACAUGAUGAACAAGUAUAUGCAGAAGGCCGACGAGGUCAUCGAGCUGGCAGAGACUAUUCAGACCAGAGUUGACCUUGACACGUACGCGCCUCCUCGGACGCCGCUUCCCGAAAUCCCCUCGUCCCCUUCGGUGGAGCACCUCCCUCCGCGCAAGGGACGCAAGCAGGUUGAUUCGGGCGUCAGCUUCGGCUCUGCGAUGACCAAGCGGCCGUCCACCAGUGGCAGUGAUAGCUCCAACGGCAGCUUCUACAAGCAGCAGCUUAGCUCCUUUGAGUUUUCGGAGCCCAAGACUCCUACACGAGUCAGGAUCAACAGAGUCCUGCACCGCUUGUCUCGCAAGAAGACGCACGGAGACUUGUCCACGCAUGAAAAGGAGAAGGCCGAGAAGGCCGAGAAGGCCGACAAGCCCGAAACCGAGAAAUCGAGGACGCUUCGCAAAAUGAGGUCUUUGGGCGCUAUCGCGCACGAGUUCAAGUACCGGAACAUGAGCGGCGCGACUUUGACCGACUCUAGGCAGACUAGCGUCUCGGAGCCAUUCAACGCCGAAGAGAUGAAGCGUCAACGUAUGGCCUACGAGGAAGCAAACCCAAUUGGCCAGGCCAUCUAA